AUGGGAAUUUUAUUAGUUUAUCAUAAAUUUAAUGUAAGGGUUUUAUCCUUAGCCAUCCUCGUUUGUUGCUGUCAAGGAGCAUUUUGGGAAACAACAGACGACUUCUAUGCAAGUAAGUGAUAAAGAAAACAUGUCGAUAAGUUAGCAGGUCUCAUGUUGGACUUGGUUGGUGCCCUUGUCUGAGUUUCAGUCUGUAUCAAGUUCAGUAAAAAUUAUAUAAGUUUCUCGCUUUUAAAAACGACGGAAAGGGACGGAUAGUUUACUUGUUCUAUUCCAUUUCAAGUACGAAUGCAGUCUGGCUGUGUGCCUAAAAAAUUACCUACAUUCUAGUCACAGGCUUCUGCUACAUUCAAAACUAAACAAGGCAGAAUUUUGAAAAGCAGAAAUUCAGUGCCAAGGUUAAGGAUAGAGAUCACGCAAUGUAGCUCAGAGCAGAAAUCAACUGAAGUAGUAAAUCGCAGAUGCGGAAAACUUCAAAGCAGAGGAGACGACAGAAUGAAUUGAAGCAUGAGGUCAACGUGGUUUGCUUAUACUCAGUAUCCAGACCUAUCAAUAGUGUCAUCAUGUGAUCACAAGACUUGGUUAACAUGUAAAUAGGUAUAGAAAAAUUCCAAAACGAAGAGCAAAAAUUAAGAAAACGAAACGUCACGUUUUCUUUGCUUGUACAGUCAGUUAUUGUGCUUUCCAACGAACUAGUCAGAGAGAAUUGCUCAAAGAAUUCGUUUGCCUCUCUCAAUGAAAUCAACGGGUAAGGACGAAAAUCGUUGUAAGCCACUUUCUGAGAUACUUUGCGAGGACCAUGUAGAGGAAAAUGAGUGAGCAAUAGAAUUCACAUCUUGCACACACAGAUAGAGAAUUUUAACGUGGGAUCUACUUCACCUUCACCGCUCGCUAAGCGGUGAGAAGCAAAUUGGCACACAUAACACGCCGCUCUGUGCUACCUGUUGCAGUGAUCUUAUCACAUAACGUAUGUCUGUAAAUAAAGUUAUAUAUUACGUAUUAGCCGUAAGACAUGUGGUAAGUACUGCGGAGCCUCUAUUCAGGGGACGCCUUCGGGAAAGGGAAAGAGUCCCUUAAAGAGGGUUUUCCUUCAAUAGAGGUAGUGGAUACAAAGAUUGGACAUUAUAGCGCCUCCAUUUAGAGGACACCAUCGAGACCAGGACAAGAGUCCCUUAAUUUCAUGGAAUUUUCCUUCGUAAAAAGGCAGCUGCAUUAAACAAAGAUCGCAUCUAGUUUUUCUUUCGACUGUUUGAAUGGCCAGGUCUCCUUAAUGGAGAGAUUUCACUGUAUAUAAUAUUGGUAAGACAGAAAAAGAAGUUUUUUUUAUUAUAAAAAUAACGGUCCGUGGCCAGCGCUUUAGAAUCCCCCGGGUCAGGACCGAGCGUUUUAAGACUGAGGUUCAUUAUAAAUAGAUAAGUAUUUUCGAUUCUAAUAUCUACCUUUUUUGUCAGUUAUUUGCAUUUGCACGUUUUGCUUGCUAACAUAAAUGCUGUUAACUCAAAUGCGCUGAGUACAGCAAAAAUAAAGAUUCGAGGCUAGAAAGUGAAAUAACAAAUAAAAGGAUUUAUGCAAGUAAAAUUCUUCUGGUCUUAAGUGUUUCAGACCAUCCCACCGAUCCCGGAAAUACGGCAAAAACUGAUGAGAUACUUCCUUGACCGUCAAGAUGACUCAAGAGGCAAACGAUAUAUUUCAUAUCACGACAUUGUGUUCGUUCUCGACUCAUCCAACUCCAUAAGUGAGGCCGAUUUCAAUCUCAGCUUAACCGCAGCCCAAGGUCUGGUGACGCGAUUUGACCCAGAUACAAUGUUUGCUGCAGUAACCAUAAGCACAAAUGCUUCCGUCAACUUUAAUUUUAAGUCCACCAAGGUAAGAAAAACAAAGGUAUAAACGGCCCUAAGGGUUUGAGGUUAUGACAGGUUGUUAAUAAUGGCAAUAGGGUGUGUUAAUCACAGACUAAAAUAGCACAAUGCCACUAGUGAGCUUAGCACAACCACAACGACCAUGGAAACGGGAAAAACUGUUAGCAAAAAAAAAAUGAACGUGCAACAGACUUUUUGGCGGGUUUCUUUGCCGUUAUUGCACGUUGCCGUUGUCAAACUUGAUUGAAAUGGUAGCGAUCGUCGCGACUUCGAUUUCGUCGGAAAUACUCAUACAGAGGCUCAAUUAACACAAAUUUAAAUGAUCAUUCAGUUCAUUCUUUGGAAAUUAGGCGGUCUUGGUGAAGGAUAAUAAACAGAGGAAAGUACUGCUUAGUAGCUUUCAUUUAAAUGCCCACACUGAAUUUCACUCACAAAUUCUUGAGUCAGGAACCUUUGUAAAGAAAAAUAAUCGGAGCAAAGUACUGCUCAAUAUCAAUCAUUUGAAUCGGAUCACACUUCAUUCCGUAGUUAGUGUAGAGGAGACUGGUUAUGAAAUCUGUCAAACAUCACAGUUGAAAGUAACGAGGCUGUAGUUCAUGUUGGAAGCUCCCUGACCGUUUACAACCCUUUGUCCGCCCCGUACCCAGACGUCUCUCUCUCGAUGAAAAUUGGCGCGUAAAAGAAGGCGGGAAGGAGAAAACAGGCGAGACAGCGCUUUACCCUUCCCUUGGUCCCUUGCGCGUCGUCAUCAGUCACUCGCGUUUCGCGCGCGCCUCUUUCCCAAACCAUGCGAAAAACGAAGCGCCUGAGGAGGAGGAGGAGGAGGUUGAUCCUUUGUUUUUUGUUCACAAAUUGUGACUGAAUAAAUCAAUGGAAUGUUUCCGUUGGUCAGAAAGUUCAAAACGAUGGGAAUGCUCGUGUUCGGUCAGGUACAAAAAAGCUAACAAAAAUAUAAAAAAGGAAUCUAACGGGUUUCAUAACCAUUCCACUUUAAUAAAUACGUUCAUUCACAGCGGACCGUACAAACGUUAAGGCCACCUUAUCAGCAUAAUAAACAGUACUUUGAUGCACUUCAGGGCCUUAUGCUGGCUCAAAUGAUAGACCUAUCAAGUACUACUAUACAGUAAAUAAUACCAACUAACAGAGGCCUGAUUAAAAGCCUUUGUUACUUUUUUUUCCAGGCUGCUAUUGAAAGCAUUGGCAAAAUUCAGUAUCAAGGGGGCAAGAAAAACAUCUUAAAUGCCUUAAAAAAGACGCUUAACGUGCUAUCUCUGAACGCUGACUCGGGUGUUCGCGCCGGAAGUCGGAAACGUGUGUUACUGGUGACUAACGGACCAGAUGAACGGAACCUGAAUGAAACGGAAAAGCUACAAAAGAUCAUUUGGAUAGCAAUACAGUUACGAAUUCGAGGAGCAGAAGUUUUUGUAGUGGUUGUUGGCUAUAAGAUACCAAGAAUUGAAGAGCUUAUUCAGAUAGCAAGUUCGACCGACACACACUUCUAUCGUGUAUCUGAUAUGCUUUCUUUCAAACAAAUAGUGGAUGGGAUCCCUGCUCAUAUUGUUUACCAAGAACAAAACUUGGGCAAAUAG